AGCUCCGCUUCCGGGCCGGGCGGCGACGGGCGCGAUAGCGAUGCCGGAGAGUCGGUGCGUGUUUGAGGCCGCUCAGGACGCUGAGUUCCUGCGCGGGCUGACCCUUGUCACCGGAGUUGCCGCGGAUGCGGGUGCUGCCGAGCCGGCACCUGUGAGCCACGAGAAACCCGCAGCACCCAGCUGUGAAGAGAAGGCCCAUGGGGUCACCGAGGUUCCAGAGAAGAUGUGUUGCUUGACCUGCGGACAGGUGUUUGGGAGCCGGGAGGAGCAGACUGAGCACUACCGUCUUGACUGGCACCGCUUCAACCUGAAGCAGCGACUCCUGGGGCGCCGGACACUGCCUGCAGAAGUGUUUGAGGAGAAAACCCGCACAGGUGACGUUUCCAGCAUUUCAGGAUCCGACUCAGAUAGCUCUGAUGCAAGCAGUGAGUCAGAGCUGCUGCCCUCUGUCAGUGAUGCUCCCCGGAUCCCGCAGAUUCCCCGCUCCCACAAGGUGCUGCUCCGCAAUGCGAAGGGCCAGCUCAUCUCUGCAUACCGCUGCGUGCUGGUCACUGGGAAGGGUGACAUUGAGGAGCCGGUGGAGCUGACAGCAUCACUGCAGAGCCUCAGUGCAAGCACGUGCUGGGUUGUGCUGAUGAUGGGUGGCGGUCACUUCGCAGGAGCAGUGUUCCGGGGCCUGGAGGUGCAGGAGCACAAGACUUUCCACCGCUACACGGUGCGAGCGCGGCGGGGCACGGCCCAGGGCCUUCGGGAUGCCCAGACCCCAGGGUCAGCACCCAGAUCGGCUGGGGCCUCCCUGCGCCGCUACAACGAGGCUGCACUGCUCAAGGAUAUUCAGGACCUUCUGGCAGCCUGGGCACAGCACCUGGAUGAAGCUCAGCGCAUCUUCCUCCGGGCUCCUCGUCACAACCGUGCGCUGCUCUUCGGUGGCAGGAACCCACCCCUCUCCCGAGGGGACCCUCGCGUCUGCCACAUUCCCCUCAGCACCCGCAGGGCCACCCUGCGAGAGGUUCUGCGAGUCCACGCCACACUGGCCAGCCUGCAGGUGUACGGGAAGGACACGCCACUGGAGGACAUCACUGGGUCCCCCAAGAAGGUCUGGCAGAAGAGGCAGCAGAAGGCAGAGGUGGAUCCCCCGCAGGAAGACACAACGGCCCCAGAGGAGGAGGAAGAGGAGGAAGAAAGCCCUGCAGGGGAACUGGAGACUGUGGAAGUGACACUGGAGACCUUGGACCUCCGGGAGUUCGAAGUGAUGCCCAAGCGAAACCGCAAACGGAGGAAGAAGAGGGACAAGAAGGUGGAGAAAGGGCCUUGUGCUGAAGAGACUGGAUACCAGUGUGGGCAGCCUGGCUUGGAGCCAGUGACAGAGCUGCAGGGGGAGGCUAAGACCGGGCUGCUUCCCUGGAGCAAUGGAGGAGACCCUCAGACCCAGCUCUGCGAUACUCUGUUCACUGCCUGCAAGACGGGGGAUGUGCAGACACUGCGGCACCUCCUGGGUGUGCCAGAGAACGGGGGCCUGCCAAGGGACAGUGAGGGUGGGCAGUCUCUGGAUAUGGCCCGCCCCCUGCUGAACCAGCCCAUGGACGAGCGCGGCUGCACACUGCUUCACGUGGCAGCACGGGCCGGCAAGGCUGAGGCUGUGUGUGUGCUGCUGGAGGCAGGGGCAGACCCUGCCCUCAGGGACAGGCAGGAGAGGACCCCGUACUGCGUCUCUGCUGACAGACUGACCCGCAAUGCCUUCCGCAAGUUCAUGGUGGACCAUCCAGACAAGUACGACUACAGCCGUGCCAAGGUGCCAGGGCCCCUGACACAGGAGAUGGAGGCCAAGAAGCUGGAGAAGAAGCGGGCACAGAAAGCCCAGCGGAAGCUACGGGAGCAAGCACAGCGGGAGGAGCAGCAGCGCCGGGAGCAGGAGCAGGAGAACAAGCAGCGGUUUGCAGCCCUGUCUGACAGGGAGAAGAGGGCACUGGCUGCUGAGCGGAGGUUGGCUGCACAGCUACAGGACACCGGCACGACUCUUGCCAACAUCAGUGUCCCCUUUGCUCAGGGCCAGCUCUGCUCUUUCCUGCAGCCGCUGCUGGCAGUGUGGAGAGUCCCUGCUGGGACGGAUCCCCUUCCAUUACCUCGACUUCUCCUUCUGUUCCACGGCCUGCCUGCAAACCCACCGCCGGACCCAGGCUGGCCGCACCUAACGCUGGAGACUGCUGCCACCUGCCAAGGGCCAGUGUGGCGGGGACAUGGCUAAGCACUGGCUGUGCAGCAAGGGAGAGCCUGUGGAGCGAUGGUCAGAGGGACUGAGCCGACCACGUCGCUCUCCAGGGCAGCUCUGGCAAGGCUUUGGGCACGAGUAUUGCUCCGGGUGGUGACUCUGGCAAAGUUAAUCACUGAUAGGUCUCCGGGUGCUAGUGUGAGGGGCUGGGACUGUUCAGUGGCCUGGCUCCAGACAGGGAUCCUGCUGCCAGCUUUUCUCAUGGCUGCCUCUCAGGUUGCUGUCUGUAGGUGUAAGGACAGAUCGUGACACAUACAGACCCUGCAGCCAUGCCUGUGGACACCCCCGAGGCUGUGCUUUUACCUCUCCUCUCCUGGCUGCCAUCAGCAUCUCAGCCUUCAUGUUAGCAACUACAUCCUCUGCCUACACUGUCAAUAAAGAGGUGCCUUGAUCCCCAGGCCAUGGGGGGAGUCAGCACUGUCACUGGAA